AUGAUUUCAAGUGUGUAUCAGAUUUCUUUUACAGGAGAGUUUCGUUCCAAUGCUGUUUUUGUUGAGUGCUACAUAGCAGGAAACGUUGAGAAGAAUGAAGCUGAGUCCAUGGUGAAGCAUAUUGAAGAUGUUCAUCAAGAUGAAUUCAACUUGAAUAGUAAACUUCAGCUUUUCCGUCUCAUCGCAAAGCAAGCCACUUUUUACCAGCUUAAAACGGUGGAGAAACUUGGUUACAUCAUCACUUCACUUUCUCAGAGCAACUACUCUGGUGUCUAUGGUGUACACUUCAUAAUCCAGUCUUCAGUUAAGGGUCCUGGACAUAUUGAUUCAAGGGUGGAGUCACCACUCAAGGAUCUUGAGAGUAACAUUUACAAGUUAAGUGAUGAGGAAUUCAAGACACCACAGCUUCACCGUUAA